CAUUUAGGGUGGAAAGUCCAGAGUUCAGUGACAGAAAUGAAAAUAGACUGCUGUGGGUUGAGUCCCCCACCUCGUUCCCACUUUGGAGCCCUGAUCUCUCUUUCCUUGCCGCACAAGGACACAAUGUGAAGGUGCUGGACCUUGAACCAGGAAGAGCAGCUGAGUCAGUGGGGGGAACAUGAUCGUGGACUUUCAACCUUCAAAGCUGCCCAACCGUGGUUGUAAAAUUGAUGGCCCAGCAGCCAUGACUUCACCAGAGCCCCCCCAACACCACCUCCUGCUGCAUGGACCAGUGAAGCUGACCAAUAAUAACCAGGUCAAGAAGCGUCAUGCCUUUCUUUACAGUGAUGUGCUGCUCAUUACAAACAACAAAUACAAAAAGCAGUUCAAAAUCAAACUCCAGGCUUCAAUAAACAACAUAUGGCUUGCUAAAAAUACUGUGGGGCAUGGUGACAGUCCUGAAUUAAAAUCACUGAAGUUGGGAUGGCCUUUGCAAAAUUUUACGGCUAAGUUCUCGUCUGUGGAAUUGAAGGAUAAAUGGCAUCGCUUUCUGGAAAGAUCAAUCACCCAAAGCCAGCAGAUGGAUGGAUUACAGAAUACUCUGGUUAAAGUCAAUACCAGUAAUAUUAAUAAUUCUUCCAGUUCUGCCAUUUUAGCAGCUCACAAUUUAGACACCAUCAGGGAUGUUAUCAACAUGGCAUUGCCAGGGCUAGGAUUAACUGGCUCAGAGAGAGAUUACCAGCUGUGGGUCCAUUAUGGCAAGACUGAGGCCCCAUUCCCACUCAUGAGCCAUGAAAAUCCAUACACAAUUCAGGAGCACUGUUAUCAAACUUCCAUCCGUCAGUCCGCACCAGGGAAGCCCACCUUUCCCCAUAUCCUUCUGGAGUCCAUCCCAGAGAUCUUAGCUGAUGGAAAACUGCAGUUUAUCCUGCAAUGCCGGGGCAAGCCAAGACCCCAGCGUAGAGGUGCAUUUUUCAGAAAUUAUUUGUCUUGCCUGGGCGCUGAAGCAAGCCAGGAUGGCCUGUCUCUGGACACUGAUUCUUCCGCACAGCCGGUUAGGUUUCAAAUGAAUGAUCUUACAGCAAUAAUUUUGGAGAUGCUUCACUUUUUAAGGCAAAAUAGGCCAUCGACAAAGGGUGUUUUUCAAAACAUUGACAACAUAAAAUCAUUUCUGUGUCUCAAGGAAAGAAUUAUGUUUGGACAUACAUUAAAUUGGGAGAAUGAGUCUCCACUUGUCAUGGCAGACUCAUUAAAGGAUUGUCUUCGGAUCAUACCUGAAACUCUUUUUACAAUGGAACUCUACGAUAGUUGGCUUGGUGUCCUUGAUGAGGAUAAAGUGGAAAUCACAGAAAUCAAAAGGCUCUUAGAACACCUGCCCGCAUGCAAUGUGGAUAUCCUGAGGCAGUUAUGUCUGUGCUUGCAUGAGAUAUCCAACAAUGCCUCCUUCAACCUGAUGAGCGCACCCAAGCUAGCUUUUUACAUCACAACAAGUAUGUUUUCACUGUGGAAAUGUACAUCACAGAUCGCUUCAUUGGAAAAUGAAAUAGUUAAACAGAUGUCUAUCAUAGAGAUUUUUAUUGAAAACUACCCACAGAUCUUUGAACACCACAAUGAGUCUUUACUUAGUAAGAGCUGUGGAGAUUCCAGCACCAGCAGUGGAAACAGCACAGAACAUGAAAUCGUCAUGUGGAAUCCAGAAAAUGGUACAGUUAUGGAGCCAGAUUUUCUGAACUGGGAACCAUUGAGAGCAUCAACACCUAAGUGUUAUCUGGAUUCAGCACAGGAUUCAGGUAUGGAAAAAGAGCUUGGGCUGCCAGGGAAACAUGAAAAACCCAAGCUUGUUGGGGGCACUUACGUCAUCUGCCCUCUGCCCAACAUCGACCCUGAAUCUCUCGAGGUUGAACCACCGAAAGGUAUGGAAAAAGAGCUCAAACAGGAGCUCAUUACCAGCCAUAAAGCCUCUGCACCCUGUGCUCCUGAGUUGGAGCAGGAUGCCCAGGGCAUGGUGACUUAG